UGGUUGUCGAUCAACCAGUCAGUGACAUGUGGAAUUUUUCAUCACCUCGCCCCGGGGGCACCAUGCUGCCGUGCCUGUGUAUCGUGCUGCUUUUUUUUUCCAGUCCUGCCUUUUCUCUCUCUCUCUCUCUCUCUCACUCAUGCACACUCAUUCUCUCCCCGCAGUAUUAUUCUGAGUCAGCCAGUGGCAAGCUAUGGUUUGUUGUUUGCGGUCAACCCAGCUGUAUGGGGUAGUAGUAGCUGUCAGUGACUGAUCAGCUCUCCAUGGCCUAUCGUCCCUCCAGCUCUGGCUCCUACACUGUGGUUAUCAUCCCGCUCAAGACCAGCCUGUGCAGCGUGGACGCACUUCGCUUCUACCUAUGGAUUAAACGGUUGAAGGAUCUGGAGAAGGAGAAGGACGCUCUGUGGUCUGGUCUGGAGAUUCUGGAGAAGGCUCGGCUCUGGUAUCUCCAGCGGCUGGAGGAGAACAGGGCUUGGCAGGAUAGCAUCGAGAGCAGAAGUGGGUUUGUCUCCAGAAAUGAGGAUGGAGCAGAGGCUCGCUCCUGCCUCCUCAGGUCUCGUAUCCAGCGGGUGAACGGUUCGCUGGGCUCUGUGAUGAGUGAGCCCAACGCCAUGACCAGCAGCAACCCCUCUCUGCUUGAAGCAGUGGCAGACAGUGACCUCCGGUGGCACAACUCAGUACUGACUCAGGAGGUGAAGAAUAAGAACUGUCAAAUAUCCUUGUUAGAACAGGAAAAACACGCUCUCCUCAAUCAACUCCAUGCACUGAAGAACUGCUGACUAUAAGCUGACAUGUGUAUUACACCCCAAACUUACAUUUAACUGGAUGUCAUACAGUUAUUUGCAUGUAAAUAUGUAUUUAAAUUAAUAAAUGAUAGUAAAUGAUA